CGACAGAUGGAGAAAUUCGAAGCAGCAAAAGAAGAUACUAUUACUCCUGCUCUCUGAGAAAACCCAUCUCUCUGUCUCCACUCGACUCCUUUCCUCAAUAGAGAAACAGAGAGAGACCCAGUCCCAAGCAUGAGCUCCAUGUCUGAAUCAGAGCUAGUUCGUGUGGUUCUCUUCCUUCUCCCUUCCCUCCUCACUCUGCUCCUCAUCCUCAUCCUCAGAACCAAAUCCCACCGCAGAUUCAAUCUCCCCCCAGGCAGCUCUGGCUGGCCUUUCCUCGGCGAAACGAUUGGCUACUUGAGACCUUUCUCCGCCACUUCCCUCGGCGAUUUCAUGGACCAGCACGUCACCAGGUACGGGAAGAUAUACAAGUCGAAUUUGUUCGGGGAGCGGACGAUUGUGUCGGCGGACGCAGGGCUGAACCGAUUCAUACUCCAGAACGAAGGGAAGCUGUUCGAAUGCAGCUACCCGAAGAGCAUCGGCGGGAUUCUGGGGAAAUGGUCGAUGCUGGUUUUGGUGGGAGAUAUGCACAAGAACAUGAGAAUCAUCUCGCUCAACUUCCUUAGCCACGCCAGGCUGCGAACCCAUCUCCUCAAAGAAGUCCACCACCACACUCUGCUUGUGCUCUCUUCCUGGAAGCACAAUUCCACUUUCUCUGCCCAGGACGAAGCCAAGAAGUUCACUUUCAAUCUGAUGGCGAAGCACAUCAUGAGCUUGGAUCCUGGCGAACCGGAAACGGAGCAGCUGAAGAAGGAGUAUGUCACCUUCAUGAAAGGGGUUGUCUCAGCUCCCCUGAAUUUUCCUGGAACUGCUUACAGGCGUGCCUUGCAGUCGAGGUCGGCGAUUCUGAAGUUCAUAGAGAGGAAAAUGGAGGAGAGGAUAAAGAGGAGCAACGAGGUGGGAACAGAGGACGGGGAAGACGACGAUCUCCUGGGCUGGGUUCUGAAGCAUUCCAAUCUCUCGACGGAGCAGAUUCUGGACCUGAUACUCAGCUUACUGUUUGCCGGGCACGAGACUUCAUCUGUCGCCAUUGCUUUAGCUAUUUACUUCUUGCAGGGCUCCCCUGCUGCGCUUCAGCAAUUACAGGCAAGCCAACAAAAAAGCACUACCCACUCGUGUGCUCUGUUUUUUCUCUUUUUCUUUUCUUUGAAGUCAGAAGAGCACAGUGAAAUCGCCAGGGCCAAAAAACUAGCAGGGGAGGCCGAACUCAACUGGGAAGAUUACAAGAAGAUGGAAUUCACCCAAUGUGUUAUCAGUGAGACGCUCAGACUUGGAAACGUGGUGAGGUUCCUGCACAGAAAAGCUUUAAAAGACGUUCGCUACAAAGGGUAUGACAUUCCAUGUGGAUGGAAAGUGCUGCCGGUGAUAUCGGCUGCCCAUUUGGAUGGUAGUAUGUUUGAAGACCCUCAACACUUCAACCCGUGGAGGUGGCUCCAGAACAACAACGACGGCCGGGGAUCGCCAAGCGCGACGACGGCGGCGGCGAACAACAGCAAGAACAGCAACAACUACUUCAUGCCGUUCGGCGGCGGGCCGCGGCUGUGCGCAGGUUCGGAGUUCGCGAAGCUGGAAAUGGCGGUUUUCAUCCACCAUCUGGUCCUCAACUACCGGUGGGAAUUGGCUGACGAGGACCAACCUUUUGCAUUCCCUUACCUCGAUUUCCCCAAGGGAUUACCGAUUACCGUCAAGCGCCGGGACAUGGGCACCUAAGCUGAUCAGGUUGCUGGGCCCGAGGCCCAGAGGAAGGGAAUCCCUUUUGAGCAGCCCAGGCCUGAAAAUAUUGUGCAAAUUGUAGAGAUUUGGGUCCAUAGAGUGCAAGUCUUCUGUUCCAUGCCCAUAAUAUGUUACAUAGCAAUUCAAUGAGUUGAAGAGAAGGUUGCAAUUAAUUAUGAAUGUAUAGGAGGUUAGGACCAUAUAUAUGUGUAUCAGUUUCGCAUCUUUCCCACUUGCUUCCCCUGUACUUCUGCUCCACAUUGUAAAUUUUACUAGCUAUUCAAGGCAGGAUGCUUGCUAUGAAAUUUUGUUUCUUAAGAUUUUUCUUUUUCACUUUUGCACGUAUAAGCGGUAUAGUUUCCGGUGCGUAACUUCUAAAUCAAGUCUUGGGUCCAGAUUUGAUAAUUGAGAUUGAAGGAUUUAAAAUUUUCCUGAUUGUAUCGCAUUCUUUUUAAUUUGAAUUUUGAAAAAAUUUCACC